CGCACGCCGUCACUGCAGCGGCAGCCCUCCACAUUUGGAGCUGUCCAGCAGCGCGGUGCUGAAGUGCGUCCACACCGCGGCACCGCUCGGUACAAAUAAUUCGAGUGGCACGUUUAAAGGAUGCACUGGUCAGUUAACGCACUCCCGCUGCCUUCUUACGUGGAGCUGGGUGUCCACUCAUUGAGCGGACUACUGUGGACCCUGCUGCUCCUCUUUCUUUGGCACUGCUAUCGAAUAGGCUCCGACCUGCCCAUCUCAGGCCAUGCACAUACAGGAAAACUCAAGUCAGGCUCCAGGAGGUCCCUCCGUGGUGGGAACUGUACCGGAACAAAGUGCAGUGCACGAUCCAAGCUCUCCAGAAGUGAUUCCUUUAUUUCCAUGGAAACGGAGGAGGAUGAUGAGCAGGGACAGGGCUACCUCACCCCGGUGCUGAGUCAUGCUUUGUUUCCGGCCCGAGCCUCUGCAGAAGCCAAGAAACUGUACGCAGCACUGCAAGAAUAUGCCAAGCGUUACAGCUGGGUGGGCAUGGGCCGCAUUCAUAAAGGUCUCCGUGAGCAGAUCAGAUUGAAUGAUCACUCUGCUAUACAGAAGCCUCACCUUUUCUACCUGCCAGAUGUUCCAAGUGUUCCUUUCUUUCCACGUGAUGCUCACAGGCAUGAUAUUGAAGUUUUGGAGGCUAACUACUCAGUAAUCAUGGCUGAAUUCCAGGCGAUUUAUCAGAGGGGCAUGGAGUCCAAAUUAGGCUGGACCUGUAUGGGACCAAAGGGCCAGGCAGUCUUUUUGUUGUACACUGCAGGCAUCUGCAUGGUGGAGAAUUGCCGCUCCUGUCCUCGUACAUACCGGACACUUCUCUCUCUCAGAACAUUUAUAAACAGUAAUUCUUUGGGAUCUGCUGGAUUUUGGGUGUUGGGACCCGGAGCUACACUGGGGAGCUCAUAUGGACCCACUAAUACACGCCUACGCUGCCAUCUAGGUUUGCAGACUCCUCCUCUGUGUGAGCUGGUGGUGGGAGGAGAGCCUCAGUGUUGGUCAGAGGGGCAUUGCCUCCUGGUUGAUGACUCAUUUCUUCACACCAUCUCCCACAUGGGGCCGUCAGAAGUUGGACCACGAGUUAUUUUGUGUGUGGAUCUUUGGCAUCCGAAUGUGGCUGCAGCAGAGAGACAAGCUUUGGACUUCAUGUUUAAUCCAGAUCAUUAAAUCAGCUCCUGCACUACAAAUAUACAACAAGCAGAUUUGCCUUAGAUUAAUUUUGUAUUUUUUGUGCCUCGUGCAUCUGUUUCCAGAAAACAAUCACUGUGUACAUCAGCUCUAAAUAAGACAUUAGCCACUUUUACAAAGUGUUGAAUUUACAAUAUGUUUCUCACAUGAGCAUAUUAUUAUGGAUGACAUUUAAGGAAAUUGCAUAUUACAGA